AUGUGUCCCGAAGUAGGCUCAGAACGUGAACCAGAAACUCAAGUCAGCGACAGUGAAAUCCUGAAGGAGGACUGCGAGUCGCUGCUGCAGAGCUGCGUGGACUGGCGCCGCGCCGCGCCCGGCCUCUCUCCCGCGGCGGUGUGCGCGCAGCUGUCCGCCGGCGACCGGCCGUGCGCGCCACUAGAGGCGCUACUGGCGCCAGCGGGCUCCGAGGCGCGAGUGGCGCCACAGGACGCGCUGACAGCGCCGUGCCGCGGCCGGCCGUGCAACCACAGCCGCGCCUGCCUGCCCAACAGGGACUGCGCCGCCGGGCGGCCCUGCCACACGCACCGCUGCUUGCCAGGGUGCCGGCUGGGGGAGGUGUCGCAGUACGUGGUGCCGGGCGACACGCUGGUGGUGGUGCCGCAGAGCACGGGCUGCGCCAGGCUGUGCCGCUGCCCCAGGCACGGCGGCGCCCUUCACCGCUGCGAGCCGCUGCCCUGCGCUCCGCCGCAGCCCUGCUGGAUAGGCACCACGCGCAUAGAGCACAACUCACAGUUCUACCUGGAGUGCAACCUGUGCGCGUGUUCCUCCGGAGAGCUGACGUGCACGCGGCGACAGUGCGACAGCAGCGCCGCCGCCUACAGCGGCCAGCCGUGCAACUGCCCGCCAGUGUACGCGCCAGUCUGCGCCGCCAGCGGCGUCACCUACGCCAGCGCCUGUCUCGCCAGGUGUGCGGGCGCCGGCGACGGAGAACUGGAGGCUGGCGCGUGCCCGGAGCGUGAUCCCUGCUCGAGACACGCGUGCCCGCGCGGCCAGCACUGCGUGCCUCUGCGGAGGGCGUGCCUGGAGGGAGCGCCGCGACACGCCUGCCGACAGCACCACUGCGUGGAGAAGGUGGAGUCAUGCAGUAGCCGGCCUCACGACCCCGUCUGCGACACCGAGGGCGAGGAGCACCCCAACCUGUGCUUCCUGCUGCACUACUGGAAGGCGCUCGCCUACCGCGGGCCCUGCCUCAAGAGCUGCUCGCUGUCGGGCGCCGUGUGCGGCGCGGACGGCGUGACGUACCGCUCCGAGUGCGAGGCGGCGGCCGCGCGCGUCCCCCUCGACUACGCGGGCCGCUGCUCCGGCUGCCGGGACCCGCGCAGGUGUCCGCCACUGGCCAGGCAGGGCUGCCAACCGCUGCGGCCGCCCGGCGCCUGCUGCCCUGUCUGCGCCGGAGCCCUCAUCCUCCUCUACAGCCGCAAACAGGUGGAGCUAUCGGUGCAGGCGGUGCGCGGCGACUCGCAGGCGUUGACGGUGCGGGCGGUGGUGGCGGCCCUGGAGCGCCUGGUGGCGGUGUCGGAGUGCGUGGUGCAGGGCUACGCCGGCGUGGGCCCGCAGCUGGUGGUGGUGGUGACCGCGCGCACGCCGGGCCGCGCGCCGUCGCACCUGCAGCUGGAGGCGUGCGCCGCCGAGGCGCGCAAGCUGUCUGCGCUGGUGCGCGCGCGCAGCCCGCGCCUCGCCGCGCAGCUGCCACUCAGUCUGCUGCUCGCCGCGGAGGACGUGACGGCCGCGCCGGAGACGUCCUCCGCGCAGAAGCCUGCCGGAGCCGGCGCCUGGCUCCUCGCCUUCGCUGUCACGCUAUGCCUCUCUAGAGGCUGCACCAGGCUACAUACACAUCAGGCGUCAGUGGAUUAACUGAACCACAGAAGAACACACCGAAGUAUCGUUCCCGUUCUAGCGUGGGAGUACUCUGCAUUUUACCCGGGAACCGAAAGUGUGACAUCUGUAUUUGUACUCUUCGAAGCACCAUAAGGUUUACUGUGGCGCGUGCAAAGUUUAGCUGUGUCUUCCCUCGUCACUCCUUAUGAAAAGGUGUGUUAGAGACAUGAUUUCUGGACUUCUUCACAGUCCUGGGUGGCUUCUGAUGGAAUACCAUUCAGCAGUUUCGUUACGCCGCUGGAUAAUAUGCAAAAUACUAAUUUUAUUCACAGUCGACUGGUUUUCGAGCUCUGGCAACAAAAAAGAAACACAGGCAGCAGAAAUUCAUUGCUGGAGAGAACCACGUGCCAGGAUUAUUUCCUGUGGGGUAGCAUCCAAGUACAUGCAAUUCCCAGUCACAAUUGCAUUGAAAAGUAUACUCAGGAUUUAAGGGAGAGAAGGGGUAGCUCAUAUAAGUUCUGCAAUAAAUGGCGAAACACCAUUGAGGUUUUUAGACACGUGACUCUGGCUUUCACUUACUAGUAGUCCAUAUCCUUAACAUGUUGUGGGUUUAUUCGGCCGAUACUCAAUUUAUGUAUCUGCCAUUCUCGUGGAUCAGGAUGCGGUCUCGGUUUGCAAGGAUCUUUGCCUUGUCGAGUGUGAGGUGACAGUCUCUCACUGAGUACGCCCUCGCACACGCACCACCCUUUUCCUGAUUCUGUCAAGGAAUUUUACUGGCAAAAUAUCUUGGAGGUGAAUCUGCUGUAGUCGAACCGUCGGCUCGCAAAUGAGCGUCGAUUUGAUUUUGCUUUUGUUCCAUCUCGCUUUCUCGCAAUGGGGAGAGUUCAGAAGUUUCUAGUUCCGAUUUUGUCAUUUUAUCUUAGCAUCAUAUUCCGGAAUACAUCAUUCGUCACUUGUGGUAUAGUGGCAUAAGAGGUCCGACUCCCUUGCAGGUCGUCAUUCUUCCCCUUAUCUAUUCCCUGAGUCGUUAUUUCGCCCCAUUUCUGCGCACUUUCACAUCCAGUCAAAUUCCGUGUUAAAGUUUCAUGAACGCUAAACAAGUUCAAAUUUUUCUCGCUGCUCAUCCUCCCCGUCAAUGGAUGACCUUACCUCACCAGACACGACACUCGAUCUGUAACGGCAUUCAUUUGCGACGAGGAGGACCUUCCCAUAUUUGUAUUCCACUUCGCCUCGGACAGCUGCAAAGGACUUGUGCCAUCUCAACACUUGAUCUCGUGUAGGAAGCUUUCACUAAUGGUAAAUACAUUAUGGUAGCUGUACUUUUAUGGCUGCGUGUGGUAUCAAAGGAAGGGUAGACACAUACACAAAAAUCUUUCAUAAAGCAUCCAAAACGACUGUGGAUAGAUUAUGUGUCUGAAAAAUGUGUCAAAUUCAAAACAAUGUUUCUUACGAAGUCAAAAAUGUUUCAACAGUUUUUAGCUCAGAAUGUGCUGUACAACACAUUUUACUGUCCUCUCUUUUCCCCUCUGCCUUCCCUGUUCCGGGGAUUACAGAUCCUCACACAAUAACCAAAGGAAUCGCCGAAUCACUCUCUUUGUAAGAAUCAGUGCAAAUAAUUACAACUUCAAUUAAGAUCUCAUACUAUGAUAGGCAAACUUGUGAGUCCACUUUUCCUCCACUUGACCGUCACCUACUAGAAACACAACACCCACCAGGAAUUUCAUACCAUUGCAACCAUGCCUUCACGUCUUUGCACCUAGGUUAAGAUAUCGAAUAGUGACAUACGAAACUUAGAGCCUUUUACCUUUGAGAAAAAUUCCCCGUGCUGUUAUGAACGAAUUCCUUCAACAGCAAUCAGAUAUGCUAAACGCUCACCCAGCAACCGUCCUUAGUUGCAGCUCUAGCCGUUCUCGAAUUGUCAGGCGACUACGUGAGCCAACACAGCUACCGACGAAAGCAUUAUGAAGCUACAACUACGGCAAUAAAACUGUUCAAUUUCUGUCAUAAUAUGUCGUUCCAAGACUGGUUUUACAUUAUUUAUGUACAUUCCCUUUCCGGUCAAAGCUAUCACAACACUAGGCCUACAAUUUUAUUGGGAUUUGAAGUGCGGAACUAUGAGAAAUCACUGCCAAGGACAAUUUAGUUUUAGAGGAAGUUAUUUAAUACUUUUACCAGUAGAGAGGAGUAAAAAUACUUUUCUCAUUUAACGUAGUGGUCACUGGAGGCAACUUUUUGCAUCGUUAAGCAGAUGAUCUCAGAAAAUGUUAAAGACAGCGGUUUUUAACUUCUGCCAUUGAAGUAACGUCUAAAGAUUUCAAACAACCUCCCUUCCUGCCUAACAAAGAGCACAUCACAGUAAUAGUGAAGAACCUUACGUUGGUGGUUGUUACCAAUGAUAGCAUUGUGAUUUUGUGUGCCAAAGAUGUUAUGUUGUAUUUUCUCUUGGUGUCAAUAUUUUUUUAUGCAUACACAUACUGAUGAUUUUGUAUUUUCUGUAAGUUUCCAUUUUCUAGUCUCCCUUCCUUCAAAGAUUGUGUAGUAUGUUAUGAAUAUUAAUUUCUAAAGUAUAAACUUGUUAGCGAUGUUAAUAUUUUUG